CCCAUCAGGCUGUACGGACUCGAUUGCUCUCGUCUGGCGGCAGCAGCAUGGCGGCGGGGGCGGCUGAGGCGGCAACAGCAGCGGUGGUGGAGGUCGGCUCAGCCGGGCAGUUCGAGGAGCUGCUGCGUCUCAAAGCCAAGUCCCUCCUUGUGAUCCAUUUCUGGGCACCAUGGGCUCCACAGUGUGCACAGAUGAACGAUGUAAUGGCAGAAUUAGCUAAAGAACAUUCUCAAGUUUCAUUUGUGAAGUUGGAAGCUGAAGCUGUUCCUGAAGUAUCUGAAAAAUACGAAAUUAGUUCUGUCCCCACCUUUCUGUUUUUCAAGAAUUCUCAGAAAAUUGACCGAUUAGAUGGUGCACAUGCCCCAGAAUUGACCAAAAAAGUUCAGCGACAUGCAUCUAGUGGCUCCAUCCCACCCAACACUAAUGAGCAUCCUAAAGAAGAUCUCAACCUCCGCCUCAAGAAAUUAACUCAUGCUGCCCCCUGUAUGUUGUUUAUGAAGGGAACUCCUCAAGAGCCACGCUGUGGUUUCAGCAAGCAGAUGGUGGAAAUUCUUCACAAACAUAAUAUUCAGUUUAGCAGUUUUGAUAUCUUCUCAGAUGAAGAAGUUCGGCAAGGGCUUAAAACCUAUUCCAAUUGGCCUACCUAUCCUCAGCUCUAUGUUUCUGGAGAGCUCAUAGGAGGACUUGAUAUUAUUAAGGAGCUAGAAGCAUCUGAAGAACUAGAUACAAUUUGCCCCAAAGCUCCCAAGUUAGAGGAAAGGUAAGUGUUUUAAAAGUCUCAGAUAGUCUGCU